AUGGUUGAUGUUUUGUAUGACAUUUUAGAUGAGGCAACAAGGAAAGACCUUUUCACCGACACUUUCUGUAAGGUUUGCGGGGCAGUGCUACAGUUUGAGUCGCAAAGGACGUCACACUAUAAGGGCAAAAAGCAUGCUCAGAAAGUUCAUCUUUACAUCCAAAUACACGGUGAGAAAGAUGAGAGGCAGGAGCAUAGCAAAGAGAAGAAAAUGGAUUGUAUCAAUUUUCAGGUGGAUAGGAGUGGAGCAGUGGACAAAAACAGAUACUGCAAUCUCUGCAACGUGGUUUUUACUUCUCCGAUUGCUGCUUUGUCUCACUACUUGGGAAAGAUCCAUGCUAAAAAGCUGAAGCAAUUAUCAGGAGACCAAGCCCACAUGCCAGCACAGAGCAUGCAGCCUGUUUCUGCUUUACAGAAGCCAUCGUCUGAGAAGCCUUUGCUGCCUUCAAAAGCUGAAGAGUCUUUGUCAUCCUUCAACAUAAGGGUGGAGUUAAAUGAUCCAGACAAGUACUGCAAGCUCUGUUGUGCUCCCUUCAAUAAUCCACUCACGGCUCAGGAGCAUUAUGCUGGUAAGAAACACAGAAGAAAUGAAGCACGGAAAAAGAUAUUGGAGGAGCUGGGAGACAAAGCUGUCUCUGCGGGAUCCAGCACAAAAGGUUCCUUCUUUUCAGCAGUUGGGGUUGGCUAUUACGUGUGCCCCGUGUGUAAUGUCAUACUUACUUCUAUAGAAGUGUACCAGUCCCACGUGCAGGGAAAUAAACACCAGAAGAAAGAAGCAGUGCGUGUCAGUCUCAUGAAGAAAUCAAAGAAAACAUGUGACUCCUGUCCAAAUGAAUCAACGGGUUACAUUGAAGUUCAGAAGGCUGGAAGCCUAGAGCCAAGAAGGUGUUUAGGAAAAGCAGGAGAGGAAGAAUUUCAAGAUGCAAGCAUUGAAGGAGGAAGUGACCUUGGUGAGGUAAUGUCUACAAACUUUAAGUGUGAACAAGGCCAGCGUUCCAGCCUUUUCUCAGAAAUCCAGUUACCUGCAAAUACUGGGGAAAACAGAUUGCCAAGCUGGCUGUCGGCUUGUGAGUAUGCCCUAGAAAAGACAACUAACUGUCACUAUAACAAAGGAUACUAUAAAGUAGAGCAAGAAGAGGAAGUGUCUGAGGUGACCACCAUCAGAGAGAAGAGCUUCAGCCUAUUGGUUGCAGAAUCUAAAGACUGCUAUAAGCUUAGUCUUGCUGAAACUUCUACCAGCUCCUACAGAAAAGAACAGAAAUUUCAGGUAAAGCUUUUUGAGAAGGGGAAGUAUAUCAGUGAAGAGCUGAAGUAUGAGAAAGAAGCUACAAAGCAGAAAAGAAAGAAAAAUAGUGAAGGUACAGAUUUUGGAAAAGAAAAUGAGAAACAAAAGAGAAUUAAAUUUGAGAUAGAUGUGGUGAAUGAGAAGAGAUCAAGACCUUAUAAAGACAAAAGACUUAAAGAAAACCUUGUUGAGAGAGAGAGCGAAAAGCACAAAAUGGAUAAAAAGAAGCCACAGGCAGACUGCAAAAGAGAAGAGGAGCUACUUUGGGAUGAGUCUGUUUUGGGAAAUUGA